AUGGCUUCAUAUAUUGGGAGCAGUAGAAGCCUGCCAAAUCCCACUCCUUGUUUAAGUUACUGGCAGCGAACAACUCGGGCAUAUCCAAAUUUGCAUGCGAAUAUCGACACAACUGUUCCAUCAAGAUCAAAAUAUGUUAUUGUGGGAUCCGGUAUUUCUGGCGGGUUGACAGCCUUCAAGCUGAUCGAAGGAGGGGCUAAACCCGAGGAUAUUGUGAUCCUCGAGGCACGAGAGGCAGCAAGUGGUGCGAGCUCACGAAAUGCCGGACAUGUACGACCAGAUGCAUUCAGGGGGUUCAGUGCAUAUUCUAAAGUGCAUGGAGAGGAACAGGCAUUGAAGAUUAUCCAGGAUGAGCGACUUGUCCUAGAAAAAGUUGAUUCAUUUGUCAAAGAACACAAUGUGGAAUGUGACUUCAACUUGACGACAACUUUUGAUGUUUGCAUGACCCCAGAAUUUGCGGCUUAUGAGGCAGAGAGCCUGGAAGCAUUCAAGAAAGCAGGAGGUGACACUUCUCACAUCACGUUCUAUGAAGGAGACGAGGCCAAGGAGAAGACCAGAGUCCCAGGGGCUGUGGCAGCGUAUGAAUGGCCAGCAGGAUCAAGCCACCCGGCAAAGCUUGCACAGUUUUUGCUUCAGGCAGUGAUAUCAAAGGGUGUGAAGCUCUUCACCUUUUGUCCUGCUACUAAAAUUGAACAAGGCAAUACCCCAGAAAUCUGGGAUGUGUACACACCCCGGGGAAUAAUACAAGCAGAGAAAAUUAUCCAUUGCACGAAUGCCCAUGCUGCCCUGCUACUACCGCAGUUGGAGUCUUACAUUCGGCCAAACCGUGCACAGGCCCAUGCUCUUGUACCUGUCCCUGCCUUCUCGGGGCAAAAGGGUCUACAGAACACAUUCUCCCUACGAUUCAGUCUUCUUCACUUCUACUCCUUGAUCCAACGUAAGGGAGAUGGUACAUUGGUGUUAGGUGUAUCACGGUCAAACCCAACAAUGAGCCCUGAAACAAAGGCCGGUCAAUUCAGUACCGACGACUCCCGGUACAAUGACGAGAUUGCUCAGGACGCCCUACGGACUUUUGGUAAAAUAUUUCCAGCUUAUUCGUCCCAGGCAAUCAUGCACGGAGAGGGUCUGGAUCAUGCUUGGACUGGAAUUAUUGCCAUGACUACGGACUCUGUUCCGUUUAUCGGGGCGAUUGAUUCCCUGCCAGGGCAGUAUAUUUGUGCCGGGUUUAAUGGCCAUGGUAUGGCUCGGAUAUUUACAUGCGCUCCAGCUGUUGCCCAAAUUGUACUCGGCAAGACCUAUGGUGAAACAGGGCUCCCUGAAUGUUUCCAAUACAGCGAUGAAAGGUUCGCACGGCUUUCAAAUGCACCGCUCCAUCUUCCUCCUACGAGUCCUGACUUUGCCAUACCCAACAAUGAGGUCGUCGAUGAGGAGAGAUUCUCUCAUUCCCGAGACUACUAUCCAGCAAGACCGGGCGAGACACUUGACAACCAUUACCAGUUUCUAGCGAAGAUCGGCUGGGGAACGAGUUCAACUGUAUGGCUAGCGCGAGAUAUCACAAGGUAUCGAUGGCGGUCCGAGCGAACGGUUACUUUGAAGAUUUUGACCGGCCAUGAUGCCAAGGCUGCAAGAGAUGAUCUUCGUAUCGAGGAAACCGUUGCACAAAAGAACCCUUCACACCAGGGCUAUUCGAUCAUACGUAACUGCGUGGAAAGCUUUGAGCUUACGAACUCGGACAAAACCCAUAUUUGCCUUAAAGUCACUCCAGACCUGAAGCUCGCAAAUAUCCUCAUGACCUUCGAGAAUGAAAAAGCUAUACCUCGGUUCAUUCAAGAACAAGUCCUCAAAUCCCCUAUGCAUUACAAGACUGAUCCAGUAACCAAUUACACCACAUACCGAAGCUACGACGAUUUUGGGCCAAUGGACGUCCGCGAUAUGAGAAAUGUACUUCCUAAAAUAGCCGAUUUCGGUAACGCAUGGCCGCUUGACAAAGUCGACCCAGAAACAAAGUCACAAACCGAAUCCGUCUAUCUGUAUCCUAUACAGCCAACCUACUACCGCGCGCCUGAAGUUGUGCUUGGGUAUGGCUGGGAUUAUAGUGCAGAUAUAUGGAACUUCGGUGUCCUUGUAAGCCGCUCGAAUAUUCACCAAUUCACUUAUACUAUCGAGACUGACUCGUUGCUUUCGAAGGUUUGGAACAUUAUCGAAGGCACAGAGCUAUUUACUCAGGUAGAAGAUACUAACCGUCGAUAUGAUCCUAAAUCGCAUCUGGCAGAAAUGAUUGCCCUGCUUGGUCCACCACCUAAGGAGGUACUUGAGCGAGCAGACCAUAUGUCACAGCUGGAGUAUGGCCGUAAAAUUUCGAUCGAGGAGGGCACACUAGGCAAGAAUGCCCGGGAGAUCUUUGGUGGUCCCUAUUUCGACGAAGAAGGGAAAUUUCUGCACGAGGAACUGAUCCCAGAUCGGAAACUGGAGGAUACUAUCCCAUCUCUUGAUGACUCGGAAAGAGAGCUCUUUUUGCCAUUUGCUAGGGAUAUGCUCACGUGGGUUCCGUCAGAAAGGAAGACUGCUCGUGAGCUAGCGGAACAUCCAUUCCUUAAUUUCGGUGGACAAGUCCCAAAGGAGUUCUUGAAAAAGAUUUCUUGGAAGGAUAAGGACGCCUCUUAG